AUGCCGCUGCAGCUGCCCAACGGCUUCACGGCUAUCAAAGAUGCCACCGAGGCGAAGUCCACGGUCAGUCUAAUCGGCGUGCUGGUCAGUCUUGAUCUUCCCAAAACAACGCGAAGACAGGACAUGGCCCUAAACUUCACUAUUCAAGAUGACUUCACGUCUGGUGAGGUUGGAGGUGAAUCAAGCAUCACCUGCCGAUUGUUCAGACCAACCGAAGACAAGUUUCCCAAGACCGUUGGCGAUGUCGUCAUACUCCGAAGGUGGCAGCUGCAAGAGUACCAGUUUCGCAUGGACGCCAUUGGUUCUAGGACCUGCCACAUCGUCGUCUUCCCAAGCCACAGGAUUCCCGUUCCGGGGCUGAGCGAGGCGUUUCAGGCCGGCAGUCAAAAGCUGCCUCACGAAAGGACUGGGGGCCCUCCCCCGACGAUUUCAGAGCAGAUGGCUGUCAUACAUCUAAAGCAUGCAUCCAAGGGCGCAGCACCACAAGUGAAGCAGCAUGCGGCCAUUAGUGCUUCCAAAGCCAAGACAGCAAGGAAGAAGUCUUUAAUCAAGGAUCUGCAACUUGAUACCUUCUACGAUGUUUGUGCACAGGUUGUCGACUUCUACUAUACUCAGUUAGGUGACCGAGUCGACUUGAAAGUGACCGACUAUACUCCGAAUGAACAAAUGCUCUACUACCCAGAUCCAGACUCGGAAAAAGAUUUCCCGGUCAGAGAAAGGCGCUGGAGUAGUCCAUUUGGUCACAUGGUCCUCAACAUCACCGUGUAUGGAGCAAAUGCGGCUUGGAUACAGGAAAACCUUGGCCAGGGUGACUUCGUCUUUGUAAGAAACAUGCGAGCCAAGCUGGCUACCAAUGGCAAGUUGGAGGGUGCUCUACAUGAGGACAAAAUGAACGAUUCAAAAGUCGAUAUUAUGCUCCUGAAGAGCGAGGGCGAGAUCGAAGCAAUUAACAAACGGCGGGAAGAGUACGAAAAGGAACGCGAGACCAAAACAGCUUUUCAGGCGUUGCAGAAUGAACCGAAGCAGCAUUCUGCCAAAUCUGCAAAAGAGAAAAGAGAGGCCAAGAAACUGAAGGCGCGAGCAGACAAGGAGGCCGAACUGGAAGAGCUCCAGCGAGCAGAACGAGAAUGGGAAAAAGGUCGUGGUGGCAUUAACACAAACGUCACCGCCGCUUUUCCCCACAUGAAACUAUCCACAAUUUCCGAAAUCAUACACAACCCUCACCGGACGGUGACGACAACAGAAAAGUACACCACAUUUGAACUUCCAUUCAUCAACUGCAGACAUCGAUCUCGCGUGCGGAUAGUAGAUGUUUAUCCUCCUGAAAUCAAGCUCUUCGCGCAUAGUACAAGAGACAGGAAGUGGAACAAGCAUCCCAAGCGCCAGAGCUCGAGUGGUGCCCAUGCGAACGAGAAGUGGGAAUGGGGAUUCGUUCUCCUACUCGAAGAUGCCAACGUUCCUCGCGAUACAGUGGCCGAGAAACUGCGCGUGGUCGUCAACAACGAAGCUGCGCAGUUUCUGCUAAAGAUGAACGCUGUUGAUCUCACGAAUCAGCCCAAGGUUCUCAAGAAACUCGAGGAGAAGCUCUUCAUCUUGUGGGGUAACCUGAUGGAGCUCAAGACCGAGUUGCGAGAUCGAGGAAACGAUCUGCCGCUACCGCCGGGAGACAACCGCUUACAGAACAAGCCCUUUGACGCUUGCAUUGAAGAGUAUGGCUGCGAGGUACCCCCAACAAAAGACCAGCAUGAAUUUGGCUAUCAACGCAUGUAUAGGCUCGCGCAGACGGCGAUUGUGGAAUAA